GAUGGUGUAUAUAAAAUCUCGCAUCACACAGACUGACGUAUCACAGGUGAAUUUACAGCUGAGACAUCAUGUCGACUACAACUGCCCUGCUUCUGUGCCUGGCUCUCACGGCCGCGUUCGCUCUGCCUGCUGACGAGUCUGGCCCCAUAAGCAUCAAUAAACGUAGCGGAGAUUAUGUUCCGCCAUACCACCCAGAGGAACCGUGUUCUCGUGAAGGAGGUAUUUGUGGCUUAGCAUCCGCUUGUCCCGAUGGCUUCCUCCACCAGACGCUCGGCCUUUGCCCCGAACAGCAAGCUCAGGGUGUCGAGUGCUGUUAUAAAGUACCCAGCAACGUGAGGGACUGCCGUGGGCGUGGCGGCGAGUGCGUUCCGGAAGACCAGUGUGGAAAGGCCCCGCGAGAGGAAGAGGGAGAGUGUGAUGCUGGGAAAGUCUGCUGCAUCUUCCUCUUCUAAGAAAAUCUGUUGGUUUUUUCCUCUUCUAAGAAAGUCUUUUUUUUUUCCUCUUCUAAGAAAGUCUGUUGGUUUUUUUAAUCUUCUAAGAAAAUCUGUUGUUUUUUUUUCCUCUUCUAAGAAAGUCUGUUGGUUUUUUCCUCUUCUAAGAAAAUCUGUUUUUUUUCUCUCUCUCUCUUUUAAGAAAGUCUGUUGCAGUUUCCUAAGGUAGGCGAGAAUGUGGGUUUAAGGAAUGGGAACGAGAUUAAGAUGUGGGUUCGUUAAGAUAUUGAGUCGGAUUUUGGGUUUAAAUGGAUUCUCUGUUGGUGUUUGAAAUGUUAAAUUGUUCAUUGGGGAUGAUAUUUGGCGGCUCUGGUGGUGUUUGAAAUGUUAAAUUGUUCAUGAGAGUUAAUUUUGUUUUUGUUUCUGUUGGUGUUUGAAAUGUUAAAUUGUUCAUGAGAGUUAAUUUUGUUUUUGUUUCUGUUGGUAUUUGAAAUGUUGAAUCGUUCAUUGAUAUCUGGAGGCUCUGGUGGUGUUUGAAAUGUUAAAUGGUUAACUUGGGUUAAUAAAGUUAAGAUUUUGUCGGUGAUGAAUUGUCAAAUUGUUAAUUUGGAUUUUGUCGGUGUUAAAAUGUUAAAUUCUUAUUUUGGGAGUGAUUUAAAUUUCUUGAAAUGUUACAUUGCGAAAUCUUUACUUUGAUGUUAUUAUAAUGUGUUUGUUAUUGUUUUUAUUAUGAUAUGAUUGUUCAUCUAAUAAGUAAUAACAGGCAUAUGUUAAAUGUUACUUUGAAAAUGCUUUUUUGAAAUAUAUGUAUUAAUAAGUACUUCUUGGCAGGGAAAUUUCCGGAACUUUUUCUAUAAAAAAAAAUACAGGAUAUAUGAUGGAAAAAAAUCCUUAAUAUUCCUAAACAAAAAUCCCAAAUCUCGCAACGGAAUCCUUGCAAAUUUCUUCUUUGAAAAGACAUGCAAAAAUAAACAUAAAACAUUA